AUAGGUUAUACACUUGUGGGUAUUGCAAUGUUAUUGGUGAUGAACGCAUUGGGAGAAUUAGCCUCCCAAUUCCCAGUCUCAGGAGCUUUUAAUGCUUAUUUCACGAGGUUCAUUGAUGAUAGUUUUGGGUUUACUCUUGGUUUACUUUACGCCUGUUCCUGGUUAAUAUCCUUUCCAUCUGAAUUGAUUGCUUGUGCUAUGACCAUUCAAUAUUGGAAUGAUACUAUCAAUCCUGCGGUAUGGAUUGCCGUGUUCUAUGUCAUUAUUAGUGGUAUUAAUCUUUUUGGUGUAAAGGGUUACGGUGAGGCCGAGUUUGUGUUAUCGCUCAUUAAGGUGAUAGCAGUAAUUGGCUUUAUUAUCUUGGGUAUCUGUAUCAUUUGUGGAGUAGGAAGUCAAGGAUAUAUUGGUGGUAAAUACUGGCAUAAUCCUGGAUCCUUCAACCAUGGGUUUAAAGGUUUAUGCAAUACAUUUAUUGUGGCAUCUUUCUCCUACGGAGGUGUAGAGAUGUCAGCGUUGCUUGCAGCUGAGUCCGAAAACGUUAGAAAGUCUAUUCCUAAAGCUAUAAAGCAAGUUUUCUGGAGAAUCACCAUCUUCUACUUCUUGACGUCUAUUGUGAUUGGCUGCUUAGUGCCAUAUAGUGAACCUCGUUUGUUGAAUGGUCAGUCCGACGAAGAUAUCAGGGCUUCCCCAUUUGUGAUAGCAAUUAACAAUGGUGGGAUUAAGGUUGUUCCUCAUAUCAUGAAUGCUGUGAUUUUAUUGGCAGUAGUUUCGGUGGGAAGUUCUUCUGUUUACGGAUGUUCAAGAACAAUUGCAUCUUUGGCAGCCCAAAGCUUGAUUCCUAAAAUCUUUGGGUACAUCGAUAGGGAAGGAAGACCUUUGGUUGCGAUUAUGGUCACCAACGUAUUUGGAUUGUUGGGAUUCUUGGUGGCUAGUGAGAACGAAGGAGUUGUCUUUACAUGGCUUUUCUCCAUUUGCUCGUUGUCAUCGUUUUUCACUUGGUUCAAUGUAUGCUUAACUCACGUUAGAUUUAGAUGGGCAUUAUAUCAUCAAGGCAGAUACACCGACGAGUUGGUGUUUGAAUCUAGAACUGGACUUUGGGGAUCAUAUAUUGGAAUGGUAUUAAUUGGUCUUAUUAUUGUUGCAGAGUUCUAUGUUGCUAUAUUCCCAGUAGGAGGUGAUCCUAAUGCAGAACAGUUUUUCCAGUACUGUUUGUCAGUUCCUCUAAUGCUUGUUCUUUGGGCUUCACACAAAACUGUAAGGAAGUCAUGGGGUCGCCUCUAUGUAAAAUUGGAAGAUAUCGACUUGGAUACGGGAAGGAGAGAAGUUGAUAUUGAAUACUUGAAGCAAGACUUGGCAAACGAGAGAGCAGAAUUGGCAGCACAACCUUGGUACAUCAAAGUUUACAAAUUUUGGUGCUAGUUUCUAGUGUGUAUUUGGAAAUUAAUAAUAUUAUUAUAUCCUUACAUUUCAAGCUGUCCUGAUUCUUCAGGUGGCUUUAUGUCGAUUGUUCCACCUUGGGUCUGGUUGUACAAGGGACAUGAUUUUUUGGUUCUUAUAUGGCCAAAUGCCCCACAUGCAGCACAUCUUCUCGUAGUACUUUUUCCUUUUCCAAUACCUUUCCCCCGUAUAGCAUACGAUCCAUCAGGUAGAACAACCGUAUUAGCAUCAAUGGCCUUUCCACCUGCGGCAAGUACCAGUUGCAAUGGAUCUUUAGCAGUCGCAGAUUUACGACCCUUAUGGUGUUUGGCUCUUCUUUCCAAGUUAGCCAAUUUCUCUUCCAAGGCCUUUUUUCUGAUCUUGUUCAAUUCUUUAUCAUUUGUGGGAAGAAUAUCCUCCAAGUCAGUAUUUUUAAUUAAGUCGUCUUCAAUCUGCUUCUUUCGUUUAAGAUACGCUUUGAUAAUACGUGGAUCUUUGA